UAACGAGACCCAAAAUAAAAAGAAGCCUCACGCGUUCAUCAUUCUCUUCUCCAAUUCAAAACAGACGUCUCAUAUUCUCCCGAACACACAGUAAACCACGGAAGAUGAAAUGAAAUGAAAUCAUGGCAAUCCAAGAAGAUGAAGAAACAAACCGAAUCGUUUCUGAUUCGCAAACUUUGAAACAGUGGGAACAAAUCUAUUCCCCUCUUUCCCUUCAUUCUUCUUCUCCUUCCUCAAUUCCAUCAUCAUUAGUCAAUAAAUCUCAGCAACAAAUCAACAAUCACUAUAUAGAAGAUGAUUUUCACAUUUUUCCACCCAGUAAACAUGAGAACCUCCAUAUUUCUUCAUUUGAACAACAACAGCAGCAGCAGAUACAAUUGAGAGAUUAUCAAGUGGUUGACAAUGAUGAUGAACAAGAACAAAAAGGGCCAUCUUCACAGUCACAACAGCAAUCUAAUUCAUCACUUCCACAAAUUUUUAAUUCUGAAUUGACGAAGGAAGUUCUGAUGAAAAGAUUGGAUUUAGGGUUUUGUGUUUUAUGGUCGAAUUUUAUAAGAAUUGGAUCAUGGGUUCGUGGUAGAAGACCAUUUGGGUCAUUUUUCAAAACUGCAAGCGGUGGUUUUGCAGCUGGGUUUUUGGUGACUUUAUUGUACAUGAGUUGGCGGAGGCGGCGACGUCGAAGAGCUCAGCUGGAUAACAAGGACCGGUUGAUCUUUCUUGUUGAACAGGCGGACGAGAAACUUAGUCAGCUGUUGAACCAAAUCGUGCUUAUGACUCAAUUCUUAUCUUCACCCAACAAAGUUCCUGCGUCAGGAAGUGGCUGAUUGACACUGCCUGAUCCACACAAGCAGGACAGUAUUCUACGCGAGGAAGUCUAAGAAGGCCACUGACCCAAAUUUGUCACUGCAACCUUCAUUGUUUAUUAGUUCUCAAAAGUGAAUAUGGUUUUCACACUGCUUAUAUUACUGCAGCUAAUUCUUUUAUAAUCACCUUUUGUCGCUGUUUAUAUUUCUCGAGCACAGAAAAAUAUUGGAAUUAUCGAUCACAUUAACAUUGC